AUCAAUUUGCAAGACAAUUAUGAAACAGAAAAUAUAAAUGUUUUGUUUAGUAUUAUUGUUCAGAGUCUCCAAUGGCUGAAUGAGGUUCCAGGUCCUUUGUGCUCUCAGUGUCGGUCCACUGCAACACAGUUACAUUAUACAAAUGCCACACUGUAAUAAAGUAGGACCAGACUGUUACACUACUAUAAUAUAAUUGUAACACUAACACUGCUACACUGAAUUUUUGACAGUGUUAAACUGAAAUGCUAUAAUGCUGUUUAACUGGGACAUUGUAAGUGUCACCGUAACACAACUGUAAACGGUUUAAAACACGGUGACACUUUCAAUGUAACACAACUGUAUCAAUGCUUCACUGUUAUAUGGUAAAACCAGAGUGCUAAAUCAUCACAGCUACGAGAUAACACUGUAAAGGUGUAAGACUAUAACAUAACACUGUAACACUAUAUUUUGUAACACUGUAACACUGAGACCUGUGUCACUGCUACACUGUCACCAUGCUACUGUGUUAUACUGUAACAGUGUAUCACAACUAGUUGUCACCAUGCUACAGUGUCAUUUGUAACACUGCAACAUUUUAACACUGUAACCCUGCUAACUGUCACCAUGCUACAAUGCUACAGCUGCUAGUCUCUCUGUGGCAGCUCUUCCGCAGUGCUGCCCUCUGGUCCUGACAGAAACUAAAAUAAAUUGGAGUCGAGAUGGGGGCUUUCUCUUUAAUUGGCAGCUUUUCUCCAAUGGAUUUGACACAACGUGAACAACUCUUAUGUGUACUGCUUCUUUUUGUGUUUAACUACCACGUUUUUUUGUCAGCCCCUCAGUGAGGUCUACUGUUCUUCCAGGACCUUGACGCAUCGCCUCCAUUCAGCCAUUGGAGUCGGGGCAGCGGGGUCUGCGCUGUUGUGGUUUAGCUGCGAUCUACGUGUGAUUCCACAGCGAAAUGUUGCCAUGUAACCCCCAUUAGGAGCCAUUCUGCGGUGUAAGCUCAAGCUAUUCUGUCGGCUGGCGUCGUCGGUGCGGAGCAAGGCAGUAAUGUCUGGAGCCGUCGGUGGAGGAGGAGGCUCCUCCUGUGGGGGCGCAGCGGCGGCGGCCAGUUGCAGCUCCGCCGGCUCUCCCUACGCCGCCGCAGCCGGAGGAGGCGCGGGGGUGGCCGGGAGGCUGCCGGCCCGGGUCCUGGAGCACAUCUUCUCCUACCUGGAGAUGAACGACCUGAUGCGCUGCUCGCUGGUCUGCUGGCACUGGAACAACAUCCUGUCGGACGAAAACAGCGAGGUGUGGCGCAGCCUCUGCAGCCGGGCUCUGACCGAUGAAGCCCUGCGGUCUGACAUCCUGUGCAACCUGCCCACCUACAAAGCGAAACUCAAGUCGUAUCAACAUGCCCUGAGCUCCCACGACUGCUCCCGCAACGUUUACGUGAAGAAGAACGGCUUCACCCUGCACCGCAACCCCAUCGCCCAGAGCACGGACGGUGCGCGGGGCAAGAUCGGCUUUUUGGAAGGGCGGCAUGCCUGGGAGAUCUGGUGGGAGGGCCCCCUGGGCACCGUCGCAGUAAUCGGCAUCGCCACGAAGCGGGCCUCUCUGCAGUGCCAGGGCUACGUGGCUCUGCUGGGCAGUGACGACCAGAGCUGGGGCUGGAACCUGGUCGACAACAACCUGCUGCACAAUGGGGAGGUUAACGGAAAUUUCCCACAGUGUAACAAUGCACCCAAAUAUCAGAUCGGGGAGAGAAUCCGGGUGAUCCUAGACAUGGAUGACAAGACGUUAGCCUUUGAGAGGGGAUUCGAGUUUUUAGGAAUAGCGUUUCGUGGACUUCCCAAAGCCUGCCUAUUCCCCGCUGUCUCUGCAGUAUACGGCAACACUGAAGUCACCAUGGUGUACCUAGGAAAACCUCUGGAUGGGUAGAUCAGAACAACACGUGCCACACCGUUCAAACUAACACACCGCCAAUGAGUGUAGGACUUUUUCCAUCCACUGAGUGCCCGCCAUGCUCCUUGCACCAUGUCAGACGGUGGUCAUGUUUCUUCCAAGCAAUACAACUCAAUUCAUGUACAGAAAGAGAAGUACGGCUGGACAUGAAGCCAGAGGCCGGUUUUGGACUAAAGAGACUACAGGAGAAAAGGGAGGUGUGGGAAAGCUCAUAAACACGUUUCUGGAUCAAUGUGGAAGCAUCCACUUUUACAGUUCAGCUGCUGGACUUUUUUUAUUUACGUGACCGGGGGGAACAUAGAUGGUAUGUCCGCUUGAAUGAGGCCAAAACCAUUCUAAACCGUGACAAAUACUUUAAGAUAUCGUUUUAUUGAGUGACACAGUAGUCGUUAUAACUAGCUGAGAUAAAGGAGACAGUGCAUUGUGGAUUGACACAGGUGAACUAUAGACUGGAUAUAAAGGUUUUAUGCCAAAUUAAUAUGACCUAUAAUGUUGUGUUUUGACAAAGUCAACCCGAGGGGGUGGGGACCAUCUGUCAUUCACUUGCAUGGACCCUGGAGUGUGGACCCAAACAUUUGUCCUCUUGUCCUCUGAAAAUCUCCUCCAGUCGUGUUGGAAAAUAUACCUGUAUCAUAUUAAUGUUUGUCCUUUUUUCAAUGUGCUAUUGUAGUAUUACACACUAUUUAUUGGUUUUAUGUAUGGUACUAUUGAUAGUGUAUGUCAUAAGGCCUGAAAAUAAAGUCUACAUGGUGCCACUCUGAGGAAAAAGAAAGUUGGAUGUGU